AAUAGCAAACAUGAAACGUGUCCUCUCUGACGCACCGUACUAGUAGCUGUACUGUGUGGCGCAUGCGUGUUACAGGCGCGUCUGUCAGGUUGCAGUACGAGCAGUGAGAUGGACAGCGGGGAAGCUCACGCCCAGCGGCCGGUCUCCUUGGACAUCGCCGUGGAGGAUGUAAACCAGGAAGUCUCGGCUCCAGCCCCUCCUGAGGUGACCACAGGUCAGACUCCGCCCACAGACGGUGUUCUGCCCCAGGAGGACAGCAUCGAUCUAGGUCGGGACUUCGCCACACCACAGGAGGACAGCAGCGCCACGCCCUCAGAGAGCCUCAUGGACAAGCUCAACGACCAGAUGAUGGAGAGCGUCAUGAUUUCUGAUUCGCCCAAUAACAGCGAGGAGGAUGACGUGGCGCCCAUCGAUUCCCUCCUGGAUGGAGGCGAGGAGGAGAACGCGGUGGAGGGAAACCAAGAGGAGCAGAGCGAGAUCGGACAGAAUACGACUGAGAUUAAAGUUUUGGUGGAGGAGCAGGAGGACGGAGGCUCGCAGGAAAAACCAGAGGAGGUGGCGACCAGCGCCGUUUCCCCGGGUGACGUGAAGAGUCUGUCUGACAGUCACAGCGAGGAAGCGGCGCCGGAGAUCACCACAGCGGCCAAACCAAAGGACGAGCCUGUCCCCGUGUGCACCAUAUUCAGCCAGGGCACCCAGCCCAAGUCUUUAGUGCCCGACGGCUUCCAGCCCACCCUCAUCAAGUCGCCCAGCUUCAGCAUGGGCGGCGGCGAAGACACCGUGACGCCCAAUAAGAUGGCGGGGGCGCUUGUGUGCCAGCCCAGCCCGAGCCUCAGCAAGUUCUUCACAGAUAACGGACAGACCAACCCGGCGUCCGACUUCUUCGACUCCUUUACCGCCCCCUCCUCCUUCAUCUCCGUGUCCAACCCCAAUGCUGAGAUCCCUCCAGGCUCCGCCCACGCACCCGAGCGCCAGCUCUCCUCCACCUCCUCCUCUAUCUCUACCCCUGGAGGGAACCUGGACUCUGGCGCUCCCACACCGAGCUCAGCGUUCGUCCCUGCUGAACCAUCCCCCAAGCUCCAGCCACCCACACCUCGAACAGCCUCGGCUCCAGGCUCCGCCCCCACCUCAGCUCCAGCUGUCCCACCACAGCCCUUCAACCAGCUGUUUUCAGGCAGCGACGACGCGUUUGCGACGGCGCUGAGCCUGAACGAGGCAGACAGGCGCCACGACGCCUGGCUGCCGUGCGAGGAGACCAGGAAGGUGCUAAUCUCUGUGGCAACGCAGCAGUACAGCCCCGCCUACUUGGAGAGCAGCAGACUGACCAUGCCAGGACUCAAGUUUGACAACCUGCAGGGCGACGCCGUCAAGGACCUAAUGCUUCGUUUUCUGGGAGAGGCGGCGGCGGCGAAGCGUCAGGUCCUCACAGCCAACUCCGUGGAUCCGUCCUUCAACGGCCUCAAACAGCUGAUUAGCAGUAAGAACUGGCGCGCCGCGGUGGAUCUGACGGCCCGCAUGCUGACGGCUCACGGUCAGGGAUACGGCAAGGCCGGCCAGCCGACCUCCCACGCCACCGACUCGCUGCAGCUCUGGUUUGUGCGACUUGCUCUGCUCACCAAGCUGGGCCUUUUCCAAAAUGCCGAGCUGGAGUUUGAACCCUUCGGCAACCUGGAUCAGCCGGACCUCUACUACGAGUACUACCCCACUGUGUACCCAGGCAGGAAAGGCUCCAUGGUGCCGUUCUCCAUGCGGCUGCUGCACGCCGAGCUCCCACAGUACCUGGCUAAGCCCCAGGAGGCCCUGGACCGCCUGCACCACCUCAGAACCGUCUGCCUCACCGUUAGUGCUAACACACACACACACACACACACACACACACACACACACACACUGUAGUAUUCACACAAUAAAAGCACACACCCACGAUUUUGGAGUUCUGGAAUAUGCAGAUUGUAACACAGAAGUGCUGGCUGCUCCGUCUGUCCUCAGGACUACGUUCUGGCUGUGGACACCUAUCACUCCAUCAUCCAGUACCAACCCCAGCAGAGGGCGCAGCUGCUCAGCGGCGUCGGACNGCUGUUCCUCUCACAGAUCGGAGACGUUCAAACUGCAGAGCGUUACUUCCUGGACGUGGAGAAGUGCGGCCCGGUGAAAGGCAGCCAGCAGGCUCUCGCCACAUGCGUGUUAAUGAACAGGGCUUUCGUCCACCUCAGUCAGAACAACUACGCCGAAGCACACGCCUCCUUCAUCGAAGUGCUAAAGAUCGACCCAAAGAACCCCGUGGCCAACAACAACGCGGCGGUGUGCCUGCUCUACCUGGGCCGCCUGAAGGAGUCGCUGGGCCAGCUGGAGGGCCUGGUGCAGCAGGACCCGGCGCAGUACCUGCACGAGAGCGUCCUCUUCAACCUGACCACCAUGUACGAGCUGGAGUCGUCCCGCAGCACGCAGAAGAAGCAGGCGCUGCUGGAGGCCGUCGCCUGCCGGGAGGGCGACAGCUUCAACACGCAGUGCCUCAAGCUGGUCUGAGAGGAGGAGCUUAGUUUGACCUCCCAGGCACAAAACAGCGAGUUUUAUUGUCACUAAACAGAUGAAGGGCACCCAAUCAUCAUCAUCCUCACAAUAACCCACAGGAGCAAAGCCUGCAGCAGCGUCCUCCUGCGCUGCACAACCGCAACCCGAAAAUCGUGUCCUCACACCCUCUGACUGCUGAAUCACACCAGAGCCCGUCUGCGUGUCCAGGUUCAACACUUUUAUUAGUGGGGGCAGGAAGACUUUUCAAAAUAAAAGUCCCAGUGCAGAGCAAAGUCCAGGAUAAAAGCCCACAUCGGUGUUUCCCUGGUCAGACGGCUUCAUGUUUAUCACACAUUUUAACUUAAACUGGGUCCAGUUUAAUUCAGCUUUAUCCCAGCUCACCUUUUAAUUUGUAGUCAAGUCUCAGCCCACUUUGUGUUUUGGGAGGAACAGACAGGACGCUGCAGGCGGGAUGUCAGACACUCCGACGGGCAUUAUCCUGAUGAUCUGCAGACCGGACAGCUUCAGUGACUCGGCCGCUCAUGUUCAACAUGUACAUAUCAGCAGCAGGUUUCCUCUGAGUUCACCAGGAAUUAUUAUAUUUAAGUGAUUUGUUUACUUUCUGUGCUGAUCAUAUUGAUGUAAAUGAAAUAAAAUGUGGUUUUAUGUGAAA